UGACUGUCGGAGUUGUAUCGACGGAACACCACAAUGUAGAGGUCGCUUUCCCUUGAUAAACAACGCUUAUAUGGCUUACACUUUUGUUUUAUAAUGGAAUAAUUCCCAUUUCCAUGGAGGGGAUAAAGAACGGGUUUGACGAAGAUACCCAAGACGUCAUGUGAGUCGAGGGGGUUUCCUUGAAGAGUGACCCCUUAAUAGUUCUGCUUCCCAUAAACAGGUGUACUUCUCAUCCUAUCAUACAAGAUGCCCCUGUCAGACCUCUUAGACGGUCUGAAAGACAACCCGUACUUUGGAGCUGGCUUUGGGCUCGUCGGGAUCGGGACAGCAAUGGCCUUUGCCAGGAAAGGAGCGCAGGUUGGGAUGAUUUUCUUCCGGAGGAAUUAUAUGAUCACACUGGAGGUGCCCAGCAAAGAUAAGAGUUACCACUGGCUGCUCAGUUGGAUCACAAAGCACGCAAAACACACUCAGCAUCUCAGCGUGGAGACGUCCUACCUGGCACAUGAAAGUGGACGUGUCAAAACACAGUUUGAUUUCCACCCCAGUCCUGGGAACCAUAUUAUUUGGUAUGGGAGGAAGUGGAUUCGGGUGGAGAGGACCAGGGAGAAGCAGAUGGUGGAUCUACACACUGGGACUCCCUGGGAGUCGGUCACCUUCACUGCUCUGGGAAGAGACAGACAGAUCUUCUUCAACAUCCUACAGGAAGCUAGAGAGCUGGCCCUAAAACAGGAAGAAGGGCGAACAGUGAUGUACACCGCCAUGGGUGGGGAGUGGCGGCCGUUCGGGUUUCCACGCCGACGGAGACCACUGAACUCGGUGGUACUGGAGUCGGGCGUGGCUGAGAGGAUUGUAGAUGAUGUGAAGGAGUUCAUCGGAAAUCCAAAGUGGUACACAGACAGAGGGAUCCCCUACAGGAGAGGAUAUCUGCUGUAUGGACCCCCAGGCUGUGGGAAGAGCAGCUUCAUCACUGCGCUGGCGGGAGAGCUGGGCUACAGCAUCUGCCUGAUGAGUCUGAGCGACCGCAGCCUGUCGGACGACCGCCUCAACCACCUGCUGAGCGUGGCGCCCCAGCAGAGCAUCAUCCUCCUGGAGGACGUGGACGCCGCGUUCGUCAGCCGCGACCUGCUGCCCACAGAGAACCCUGUGGCCUACCAGGGGAUGGGCAGACUGACCUUCAGCGGCCUUCUCAACUCUCUGGAUGGGGUGGCGUCCUCCGAGGCCCGCAUCGUCUUCAUGACCACCAACUUUAUCGACAGGCUGGAUGCGGCUCUAAUCCGGCCAGGUCGUGUGGACCUAAAGCAGUAUGUGGGUCACUGCACCCACUGGCAGCUGGCCCAGAUGUUUCGCCGCUUCUACCCAGCAGCGCCAAGCUCCGAGGGCGACCACUUUGCUGUGACUGCCCUGGCGGCGCUGCCAGAGAUGAGCGCGGCACAAGUCCAAGGACAUUUUAUGUUGUAUAAAAUGGAUCCCGCGGGGGCCAUCUGCAACGUUGACAAAAUAAAUGAAUGAUGGCACAAAGAAAAGGAUUGGGAUUAUAAUUGGGAGAUGGAAAUGCAUCUUCAUGAUGAUGACCAUGCUCCUGAUAUUGAAGUGUGUUGGGCCUUGACUGGGAAGCAAUUGUCUUCAAUAUUUUGUGUGCCUGUACCUUAGAAAACCCCUGUCUCUUGACUGAAUUACCUGUCUUUGACCUCUGAGGUUUCUGGAAAGAUUGUUUGUCUCAUAUAUUAAACACUUCUGCUACCUUUGACAGACA